AUGGGCAACGAACAGAGCAGACUGGAGGAGGGCGGGAGCGUCUCUGGAGGAAGGGCUCGCUCCAUCUCCCCGCUUCCCCGCGACGACGAGUACCUCGGGGAUGGGACCGAUGACCUACGGCAGUAUCCGUCGACAAUGCCUGCUGGUUUGACAAUGGGACGAGAGCCGACACGAUCUCCUUCGCCUUCGCGAUUAUCUGGGUCUCCCGAAGCUCGCCGCGGCAAACACCGACCGAGAGACCAUUCUCCCGGGACACCCCCGCAACGGUUUGCGGCAAGCCAGCCAGCCUGGAGCGCGCAUUCGCCGGUUGAUAUGGAGAUGUCGGCGUCACAACCUGAGCUGCGGAAGAAGAAAAAGAAGUCACGUCGUUCGAAGGGGCAGUCGCCUGUCAGGAAACACGAGAGCAGAGUGGAAGACGAGCAAGAUCACGCGCCAGUAGAUAUCGACGAUGGUCGUCACUACGAAGAAGCCGAGAGUCACAUUUCCCCCCGCCCGAAGAAGAAGCACAAGCGCGCUUCCAUCCAUGUCGAAGAACCUGAACACGAACACGAGCCUGAACCGAUUCGUGAUGCGGUUGAUCCUCCGGAAUCAGAAGAGGAGCGUUCCAGCGGCAACAACAACAACAACAAGAAGAAGAAGAAGAAGAAGAAGCAAAAGAGAAAAUCUGUGUCGUCACUUAUGGAUGAGUCUGUUGCAGAUCAAGAGGAUGAGUUGCUUGAAACUCAAAAAAACAAGAGGACUUCGAGAAGACAAGAUGAAGUGACAGCAGAGUCGCCCAAGCAUUCAUCGAAUCACAGCGAUGUAGACAUACCGGACGCAGAUCUCUCAAUGGUCCACACCGCAGGCGAUGAACCCGCUAGCCAAGCUCCGCCGCCCAGCGCCCAACCAUUGGAGAAGCGUAGUCGCAGGGAUAGCGUGUCCAAGGCGCUCAAAAAGCGCAAACUCUCAUCGCUUGACGAUGCGCUGGAAGAAGAUACCAGCCAUCUUCAUGAAGAAGAGUUGUCCGUGGCACUUGAACCACCAGAAUACCGACCGACUACGCGACCGGCCACUUCUGCAGCAAUGCAGCAAAAGUCGAAGAGAGUGAGGAGCGGGCCGACAGCGGAGCAGAAUAUCGAUGUGAAGCAGGAGAUUAAUGAAAAUGGGGAUGAGUUGCAUAGCAUCCCGCAGUCGGAGCAGCCUGAGGAAGAGGAGUUGCUGGUAGCCAAGGAGCCUCCUUCGAGCCCCGAAAGCCACCGUGCUGAUUUGGAAGAGGACAUCAAUGGCAUUGUUGGUAAAGAGCCGUCGCCUGAGCUGGAUGAUAUGUCUGUGGCUGGUAGUGUCGUUGAGCAGGCACAUCAUUCAGAUCGUGAGGCGAGCGUCCGCAAGGAGGAGGAGGAGGAGGAGGAGGGGGAGGAGGAUGCGGGCUCUAAUCGGUCGGAAGACGAGGACGCAGGCAUUGGGAAUGAUGGGGAUGAUGCUGCAUCAGACCAGUCUGAAGAGCGCGAAGCAAGCGUCGAUCGCGAGGAAGAGGAUGAUGCUCUCUCGCAGUCUGCUGAUCGCGAGGCGAGCGCUGCUCGUGAGGAGGAGGACACGGCUUCAAAUCAGUCGGGCGGCGAGGCGAUCGUCAAGCAACAAGAUGAUGAUGACUCUUCACAGUCGGCAGACGGUGAGGAGCAGGCUGAUGAGGAUGCUGAUGAGGCGGCCUCCAACCAGUCGGAAGAGCUUGUUUCUGCCGCGGUCGCCCUCCUUGACGAUACCGACAAUGCUCUACCUGUUUCGACCCCGGCUGCGCGUCCUGCUCGAAGCCCUGCGCCGCGAUCCUCGACUAAGAGGAAGCCAAAGCAACCUUUCUUCGUCGGCCAGGACGACCAAGAAGAACGGGAGGACGUCGUUAUGGAGAGCGAGCCAGAGCGUGAGGAGGAACGGCAAGAGCGUCAAGAAAGCGAGCCGCAACGUGAGGAGGAACAGGAAGAGGAGCGUCAGGAGCCCCAACAAGAGGAAAACACCCGAGCGUUCGCCGAAUUGCCGGUCAAUGUCGUCGAGCAUCCCCGGCAGAGAAAGCGGAAAGCUCUCCAAGAAACGAAUGAUUCUCCUGUCUCAACUGAACAGCCAAAGAAAAAACGGAAGAGGGCCUUUCAGAAGACGGAAGAUGGCACAGGAAACGAUGAAUCCGGCCGAUCGCAGUACCGAUAUGGCCCUCUGUCGGAGCAGGAACAAAACCAGGUUACUCGCGCGCUUCAACGGUUCCGCGAAGACGAGCAGAUGGAAGAGGAACAGCUCAUCAAGCUCAUUCACGAGAACCCGCUCACAGGAGGGCCACUCCAUCGCGAGCUAUGGGCCUCCGUCCAAGAAGCCUGCCCGUCCCGCCCCCGGCAGAAGCUCAUCAAUUGGUGCCGACAAAAAUUCCACAACUACACGGCCCGCGGCACGUGGACUAAGGAGCAAGACGAGGAAUUGUCGCAGCUCGUUGACAAGCACGGCCGCAAAUGGAGCUACAUAGCCGGCCUGAUUAACCGACACCCCAGCGAUGUCCGCGACCGCUGGCGAAAUUACCUCGUCUGCCGCGACCGCAAAAGGUCAGAUUACUGGUCCGAGGACGAAGAGGAACGCUUCCGCAAGAUCGUCGAAGACGCCAUCGAGGCUAUCAAAGCAUCCCAGGAUCCAGCUCAAAGCGAUAAGUCCCCCGAGGAGCUCAUCAACUGGCUCAAGAUCAGCGAGGCAAUGGGCUUCACACGCUCUAGGCUACAGUGCAUUGACAAGUGGAAGCGGCUGCGUGCGAACGAGGUUGCGGAGACCAAAGCUCCCACCGUCCUGCCGCAGGGCAAGUCCUGGCGGUUGGAGAAGGCGCGUAAGGACCUGCGCAGGAUGACGGUGCAGGACAAGUAUAGGCUUAUGUGCGCCAUCCGCGACUCGGGCGUGGGGAGAGAGACGAAGAUCAAUUGGAAGGAUAUUGUUGAUCGCGUGUUUGACGGCCAGUACGAGCGGCAGGCAUUGAUUGUGGCGUGGGGACGUCUCAGGCAGGCGGUGCCAGAGUGGGAGUGGAAGACCACGCGGGAUUGUGCGAAGUAUAUGUGUGAAAUGUAUGAGAGGGAGGGGAAUUUUGGCCCGGCGGAUCUAGAUUGGCCUGAGGCGAAGGAGGAUGAUGCGGCGUCGCAGGCUUCGCGGCGUGCGGCUAAGCGCCGGAAGCGGGCGAAGAGUAAGGCCGUUGCGAGGGAUUCGCCUGAGCCGGAGGGGGGGGAUGCUGAGGCGGAGGAACAGGCUCGUGCGGAGGGUGAAGAUGGUGCUUCGGGGUCUCAGGAGCAUGAUGGUGAAAGCAUUGAGGUAGCAGCGACGCGAGAACAGCAGGCCGAACCCGAAACCGAACCCGAACCCGAGCUCGGUUCUGCCCAACCCUCUCCCAGUAUCGACGCCAACGCUGCUCGCCUCAAGCGCCGUGCGAAUAACAAAGUCUACGACCGGAGGUCCAGCCUCGGGGGGCAAGCUAUCUCCGACACAACUCCUAGUAGGGGUUCCGAGCGCACCCGGCGGGAGUCUCUAGCCAAUGGUCACGCCGGAGAAGUGCCCUCGGCGAAGAAGGCGAAGACUGUUGUGGCUUCUGUUGUAGCUCAACAACAAGCUGAUGACGGUGAGAUUUCGAGUGACAUGGAUGACAUGGAGGAUAUCCCGGCACAGUUGCCGAAGGCUGGUCAGGAAAUGUUGUGA